AUGGCUCGAACGAAACAAACGGCAAAGAAGUCCAAGGGUGGCGAGGCUGCCCGCGUGCAGUUGAAUGUGCCUCUGCAGGAGGAGAGGAUCAUCCAAGUCGGGCUGAUGGAUGUCUGCGAUGCCGGGGAGCAUAACGACUACUGCAUUGUGUGCCGCGACGGAUCUAUGACCACCGGGUCGCUGUUCUGUUGUGAACUAUGCCCGCGCGUGACUUGCACCAGAUGCCUGGAUAUCCCCGAAGAUUUCAAGCGGGUGGUUGCAGGCGACGAUGUCAUAUUCAUAUGCAUCAGUUGCCAUCUUGCGAGGCAAAACAAGGACGGGCCAAAUUUGCCAUAUUUUGGUUUCUACAUGGACGACCAGGCUGUCCUUCCAGGAUUCCUUCCCAUAAGAGCUACGUUAGAAAUAUCCCAGCGUGCUCAAAUAUCCUCGGCUCCAGUACUUCUCAUCCACCUGAAGCUGGUGGGUUGUGAAACCGCCGGAUGUCCCUUUUCCCUGGCGCACGAAUUCCUUCAACCUUACUUUCCUCGAGGUCGCAUCGAAUACCGCGAGGUAGAGUUCGACAUCGCGACCGAUACAAAAGCUACCGCCUAUAAUCGAAGCUGUAACAAAAUGUUGCGUGACCUUUCGAAGCAGGGCCGUUGGGAGCGUGUUGUGAUUGGUAUUACCAAUCACACAGACAACGAGAACGGCGACCCUUUCGCUGGGUAUCGUGAUGGACAGUAUAUUGCCGGAGAAGUCAAAGAGUUCAUGAAUAUUAUCCUAAGCCCAUGGCAGCUCGGCAUAGAUCGUGCUCAAGAGUCCUACCUUUGGCUGUUCUCAUGCGGCGGAAUGGUAAAUAACUCCCAAUCUUUCAGAGCGUUACAGAACGGGGUGCUUGCGCAUCGUAUAUCAGCUAGCUUCGCCUUUGCUGCUCCACGAUUCCAGCCGAACUUCACCAGUCAUCUCCUUCUCGCCUUCGCUGAAAUGGUCCUCAUCGAACGGUUCCGGGUCGCAGACAUAUUCCCGCAGAUCCUGAGUCAAUCAAACAAGCUGGGCCGACACACAGAUGUCAUUUUAAUGACGAAGAAUACCGAUGAUGGCGGUCUUACCGUCGUCAAGUUCAGCUGGGCCCACGUCGACCACAGGCCUUGGGGUCAAACGUUGCCACUUCAAUGUCCAAAUUGCGGAUUCGUCGAUGCCUGGUUGCCUGCAAAUGUUAGCGGGGUGUAUUACUUCCAAUGCACCAACGUUCGUUGCAAGAAGAUACUGAAAUUUGCCCAACCGCCUGGCUCGAAGAAAUUGGUCCCAGGGAAGACGGGCAGCAGUUGCUGGUUAGCCGUACCCCUCCCUGUUCAUUAUUUCUCAUGA